GACGCUGCGAUGCCGGUGGCAUACGUCUCGCCGGUCGCCCGCCGACUUUACGUAGCGACGAUCGUGCCGAUACUUCUUUCCCAACUAAUAAAUCAGGCGAACCGAACGAAGUAACCGCACGGACAGAUUAUGAGUCGAUAUGAGAUAACGAGCUCGCGUUCCCACCGUGGUGAUUAAUCGUCGGAGUCCGUUCGACUUCAGAUAAUCUGAGUUUCGUUUCGGAGCGCGUAAUGUAAACAGAUAAACAUUGUUGAAGUUUACCGGAAUAGUCUGUUGACUUUUGUUUAGUAGUGCUGGGUGCAAGCGGUAUUGUUGGGACGUUUGUUUGGCGAUUAUGUUGGAAGGUUCGCAGUAGUUAGGUGUGAAGUGCGCGAGGAUGGAGGGUGGGUUGUGGGCCGCGCUGGGCUGCAUGCUGGCGGUCGCGCUGGCGGACUCCUGGACGGUGUACCAGGAGCAGCCCUGCUGCCGCCCCGUGGCGCAUCACCGCGUCAGACACCACAGAGAUAACAUCCGUGAAUUCUCAUGUGGUAACCUCUUCUAUCGCACCCUCUAUAUGAGUGAAGAACGAAACAUAUUAUAUGUUGGUGCUAUGGAUCGAGUGUUCAAACUUAACAUGACGGAUAUAAGCCAAUCCCAUUGCGAGCGCGACGCCUUGCUAUUGGAAGCCAGCAAUGUGGCACGAUGUGUGAGUAAAGGCAAGUCGGAGCCCUUCGAGUGCCGCAACCAUAUACGAGUCCUGCAGCCCAUUGGUGAUGACGAGAGGCUCUACAUAUGCGGCACAAACGCCCACAGCCCCAAAGACUGGGUGGUAUAUCUCAACCUCACGCAUUUGCCACGUCACGAAUACAUCCCAGGGGUAGGGCUAGGUGUUGCCAAGUGCCCGUAUGACCCGGCAGACAAUAGCACCGCGGUAUGGGUGACAGAGGGCAACCCCGGCGGCUUGCCAGCUAUCUAUGCGGGGACCAACGCGGAGUUCACCAAGGCGGAUCCAGUCAUCUUUAGGAACGAUCUCUUUGACUUCAGAACUGGACAGAAGAAGUUUAAUUUUAAGAGGACUUUGAAAUAUGACUCCAAGUGGUUAGACAAAACGAAUUUCGUUGGCUCUUUUGAUGUCGGGGAAUAUGUAUUGUUCUUUUUCCGAGAAACGGCCGUUGAGUUUAUGAAUUGUGGAAAGGCCGUGUACUCGAGAGUGGCCAGGGUUUGUAAGCACGACACCGGAGGCAAACAUAUCCUCAGCCAGAAUUGGGCCACUUACUUAAAAGCAAGACUGAAUUGCAGUAUACCAGGAGAGUUCCCUUUCUACUUUGAUGAAAUACAAAGCGUAUAUCAAAUGCCGGGGGACCCGAACAAGUUCUAUGCGGCAUUUACAACGGGUGCCAGUGAUGGACUUGUGGGUUCCGCCAUUUGCACUUACACCAUGGAGGACAUACAAGAAGCAUUCGGAGGAAGAUUCAAAGAACAGGCCACGUCGAGUUCAGCGUGGCUGCCGGUGCUGCGCGCGCGCGUUCCCGAGCCUAGGCCCGGCACUUGCGUCAACAACACCGAAGCUUUGCCUGAUAACGUGCUCAAUUUUAUUAGGUCCCACCCACUAAUGGACUCAGCAGUGAGGCACGAGGGUGACGCCCCCGCCUUCUACAAGCGGGACCUGGUGCUCACCACCUUGGUGGUAGACCGGCAGUUCGUCGACAUGCUAGGAGAUGACAUCACAUACACCGUGUUCUAUGCUGGGACGAAUGCGGGGGAAGUUUAUAAAAUAGUGCAGUGGGCGGGUGGCGGGUCGCGGGUGGCGGACGUGUGGCGCGCGGCGGGGUCUGAGCCAGUGCGGGCGCUCGCUCUGUCUCGCCGCAUGCACGCACUCUACCUCGCCACAGACUACCGGCUGAGGCAGUUACCACUGCGUGUUUGCGCGCACCGCUACGACAGCUGCGUACGGUGCGUCCUGGAUCCGUACUGCGGGUGGGACAAGGAGGCCGGUGUGUGCCGUCCGUACGCGCCAGGGUUGCUCCACGACGCGACCAACUCGACGCCCUCCAUAUGCGAGGCGAGCGCGCCCCUGCGUACUGUACGCGCAGGGUACGGCCAGAGCGUACACUUAGCAGCAUAUGCUAAGACACCCGAGGCGCUGAAAGACCAACACGUACUCUGGUAUCACCAUUCCAGGGAAAAAGGACGAUAUAGAAUCAGUUACAAUUGGGAGCGAGUGUUGCAGACGUCGGAACUGGGCCUGGUGCUAUUGUCCGUGACGGAUGCGGACCGGGGUCGCUACGAGUGUUACUAUGGCCCUACGCUCGUGGCUUCCUACAAUUUAGAUAUAGACGUCCAUCGGUGUACGCAACCAAGCAAGACUCAGGAGUACAAACAAGUUUACUCGGACUGGUGCCACGAGUUUGAGAAGUACAAGAGUGCUAUGAAGGCGUGGGAAUCUAGACAAAUGCAAUGCUCCAAAAACCUAAACGCAUCGAGCCAGCAAAACAGCAUGGCCAACGAGAUCGUGGCGACGCUGCGGUGAUAGCCCCGCCAUUAGCCGCCAGCCAUCGGUCAUUAACGCACACUCCCGCCCUACGUUUACUUAGCCUUACUACUCGCCCAAAUAAAAUAAAUACCAUUUCGUUCUCUUCUCACUUCAUAACAACCAUUCGAGAAUACCUUAUCGACUUUAGCUGCAGAUCCUGUCUCGCCGUAACGGAUAGGAUAUUAUCCCAAAAAAUAAGAUACCCCUAGGGAUACGCCAAUAACGUACCUACUCAUGUACCUAUCACAUAACCCUUUUCGUUCACUAAUAAAAUUACUAUGUGUACGCUAUAACCAUAAAUUUUGUCAUGAUACGAUACAUCUUUGAAUACCGAUAUACAUACGUGACAAAAAUCAGAGUUUUAAUUGCAUGAUUUCAUGUGUUGUGACCAUUAUCAGAUUAACCGAACUCAACUCGAUUUUACUAGUUGACAUAUAAUUUAUGAAAAAUAACGUCGGAUAUCAGUGGUUGGGGAAACAACUGAAAGGGGGAACGAUAAUGUAGUGCAGGGAUGAUCUGUUAAAAUAGAUUUGUUGCUCGUUCCGGAGACUGCCGCGUGAUGGAUCGCUGACUUCUGCUCAACUUCGGUUACAACUUUCUCUUUGUUCGAGGGAGAAUCGACCGGAAUAAUAUCGAAUGGUUCAUGUAAGCAAUCGGCGAGAUUAAUUAUUAAAGUAUUGUUGAACAAAGCGACUGAGUAAUUUUAUUGUAAGACGAGAACUUUCUGCCGGAACUUUUUUCUCGAUGUUAUCGAAUGAGCCGGUAAUAAUCGGAAACGGUGUAGAUUUCGCCUUACCGCGAGAAUAUAAAUGUAAAUAUUUCGUUAAUGUGUUGCUUCAAAAUAAUGAGGGUCGAGUUUCACUAAAUACAAAAUGCUGUGAUAUCGGUUCGAGUUAUCAAGAAUUUUACCGUGUACCUCUAAAGGAAAACUUUUGUGUUUUGAACGCGGAACGUGAAUUCUGUAAGUACCUAGCUAUCAAGCAAGGCAAUCGACAGAGAUGAUUGUUUUAAUUUUUAUAUUGAAUAAGAGCUAAAAGACAUAAUGCAACACGAAUUCAAUAAAUGUUUAUUACGUUAUAAUAAAGUGAUGAAUUAUAAAUAGGUAGCUAAGAUAGCCUCGUACAGAGAUGUUAGAUAAAAUAAUGAGCAAUAUGAACGCCAAUUUAGAUUAAGCAUAAAAUGUAAUUGAAAGCUUAUUAUUAAUGUUUAAUAUGAAGCGUUGACAUAUAGACUUGAAAGCAUUUAUUUAUGUUAGUUUCGUUAUUUCCGCGACCGCUAACGUUGCGUGUUAGACCACAGUUCCGUACUGAAUAAAAGUUUCCAUUUGUAUUUGUUUUACUUUCAAGAAGUAAUUGUUAUUGGUUAGUAGCCAUAAAACAUGUAAUAUUAGGCCCGAGUUCGGACGUUGAAAACCGAAUUUAAUAGUAGUUGUGUUGUUCUCGUGUUGAGUUUAUUAAAUCUCGCUAGAAUAGUGCCUUGUGAAGCAUGCUUACGGUAUAAUAGAAACUUAUUAAAAUUAGCUAAGAAGUAUUUUUCUGUACGAAUGAAAAAAAUAAUAGAUUAUUGAAAUUCAUUAUAAUUAUAAAUGAGUCCUUGUUCUAAUAAACACGU